AUGAGGCUGAUUGCGCUCUUGCGCAAGAAUGACCGACAGUGUUCUGGCUGGGGCCUUGAACUGGACGUCUUGGUCUUUUUGUUCUGGCUUGCCAGUGCCACCUCUUAUAGAGUGGUGUCACGGGUCUUCGCUAUGCCACGCACAACAAUACACAAUAUAAUCCACCGCAUAUCAGGGAACAUCCUUAGGCUCAAGGAGCGAAUAAUCUCCCUCCCCCAUGCCAUGGACCUGGACACAAUCGGCGAUGGUUUUGCACAGCUGGCACGUUCCCCAACCUUUUCUAAGGUUGUGGGAGCCAUUGAUGGCUGCCAAGUUAGGAUCAAGCCACCAUCACAAAAUCAAGCCUGCUAUUUGAACAGAACAUUUUCAGUGCAGCUGCAGGCGGUGUGCAACAACAAGGGGCUGUUCCUGGACAUAUGUGUUGGCUACCCAGGAUCAGUCCGUGACGCCUGGGUGAACAGGAACAGCUCCAUUUUUGCGGACAAACUAUACCCCCCCCCCCCAGGGUUACCUUAUCCUUGGGGACGGUGGGUAUCCCUGCACGCCAUAAUUACACCCUACCGUGAACCAGUGGUGAGAGAAGCUGACAGGCAUUUCAACCAACAUCACACCAAGGCCCGUUCAAUAAUUGAGCGGGCCUUCGGCAUCUUGAAAACCCGCUGGAGGACCAUCUUCUUGAAAGCCCUAGAGGUGAGGCCCACCUUUGCGCCGGUGGUCAUUGCAUGUUGUGUAAUUUUGCACAACAUUGCAAUGGACUUGGAGGACUUGCCCUUGGGGGAGGUGGUCAUGGUGAGGGACGAUAACCAAGAUAAGCCUCACCAUCAGCAGUUGGAUCCCAGUGGGGAGGAAGUGAGGAGGCAACUGGCAGCUGCGGUGAUAGGUCCCAUCCAGGCUGUUGCUCCAGAAGGGCAUGAUUAUGUCUAA